CUACUCAGCACCACAGAAAAGCACCAUUCUUCCCCGCCCGAAUCAAGGAGCCGGCACACAACGCUCCGGCCAACCGCGACUUCGCCGGAGAAGCUGCCGCCGACGCCUCAGUCCCAACCUCCAUCCCCGCCUCUCACGCGCGUCGCCGCCUCCAUCGGUUUCCCCUUCUUCCUCGCCCCGCUGGACAUCUCUACUCCGACUUAGUCUUUGGCUGUCGGGUCUCCUUCCAAUUUGAGAUACCAUCGCUUAUAGCGGCUCUUUCAGCAUGGAGCUCUGCACAGCUUCUGUGUCAACUUCGGCACAUCGCUCUCACAUAUCAACGUUUAACCGUCCACUGCCAUACCAUCAAUAUGCCAGUUCAAGAUCAUGGGUUUCCAAAAGGAGAAGGCAAUCCUCACUCUAUGUCAUGAAUGCCGCAUCGACUCGUGUCCUACCCUCUUCUCGGGGCAUAGGCAAACCUGCGCAAACUAAUGGCGCAGCUGUGAGCAACCAAAAGAACAGUGCACUAGAGCAGCUUGAUAUUGAGCGUGGUGUCUGUAUCCCUUUCCGAAAGUACUCUCCGGAAAUGGUCAGGAAUAAAGUGUUGGGGUCAAGUGGCUCAGUGCUGUCCCUCGCUAGUCGAGGAGUGGAGAUUAUCUGGAAGUUAGGCUUUUACUGGUCAUCUCUGGUGUACGACUACUUGGUUGGACGGGAUGAAGAAAUCGUGCCAUUCCGUGCCCGCCAGCUCCGCAAUCUCUUAUGUGAUCUCGGGCCGUCGUUCAUAAAAGCAGGACAGGUUCUAGCUAACAGGCCUGAUAUUAUUCGUGAGGAUUAUAUGAGCGAACUGUGUAUUCUGCAAGAUGAUGUUCCCCCAUUCGCUAACCAGGUGGCUUUUUCCAUAAUUGAGGAGGAACUAGGACAACCUCUAGAACAAUUGUUCAGCAAAAUUUCAUCAGAGACAAUAGCAGCUGCAAGUCUUGGCCAAGUUUACCGUGCCACGCUUAGAGAAACCGGCGAGGAUGUUGCUAUCAAGGUUCAGAGGCCAGGGAUUGAGCCAAUAAUAUACCGAGAUUUGUUCCUUUUCCGCACUCUGGCGUCAUUUUUGAAUGGGAUUAGCCUUCAAAAACUAGGCUGUAAUGCAGAGCUUAUUGUUGAUGAAUUCGGUGAAAAACUUUUGGAAGAACUUGAUUACACUCUUGAAGCUAGAAACAUUGAGGACUUCAUAGUAAAUUUUAAGAAUGAUCCAACUGUGAAGAUCCCUUUAGUAUAUACGAAGUUUUCAGGUUCUCGUGUUUUGGUGAUGGAAUGGAUAGAUGGAAUCCGAUGUACCGAUCCACAGGCUAUAAAAGCAGCUGGGAUUGAUGUGGAAGGCUUUCUCACAGUUGGAGUGAGUGCAGCAUUGCGUCAGUUACUCGAGUUUGGCCUUUUCCAUGGCGAUCCGCAUCCUGGAAAUGUUUUUGCGAUGCGAGAUGGCCGUAUUGCUUAUGUGGACUUUGGCAAUGUGGCAGUUCUUAGCCAGCAAAACAAAGAAAUCCUGAUUGAUGCUGUAGUUCAUGCUGUAAAUGAAGACUAUGCGGAAAUGGCAAAUGACUUCACAAGGCUUGGUUUUCUUGCUAGUGGAACAGAUGUAUCCCCAAUUAUCCCAGCUCUUGAAGCUAUUUGGCAAAACUCAGCUGGAAAAGGCUUGGCGGACUUCAAUUUCAGGAGUGUGACUGGAAAGUUUAAUCAGCUCGUGUACAAUUACCCCAUCCGUAUCCCAGAAAGGUUUUCUUUGGUCAUUCGGUCUUUGUUAACUCAAGAAGGAAUUUGUUUUACUCUUGAACCUGAUUUUAAGUUCCUUGAGGUUGCAUAUCCAUAUAUUGCAAAUCGUCUUUUGACAGAUCCAAAUCCUGCUCUCCGUGAACGGCUGAUACAGGUGUUAUUCAAAGAUGGGUUGUUCCAGUGGAAACGACUUGAAAACCUGAUAGUUCUUGCCAAGGAAAAUGUGAACAAAAUGAGCACCAAUCCUGCACUGAUUAGCAAUAGCCUGCAAACUGUGGCAAGUCAAAAAAUGGAGAAAAAAUUGGAUCUCACUGACACAAUAAAAGAUGGAGCACGGCUGUUCCUUAUUGAUUCUGCGAUCAGGAGACAACUUAUAAUGGCUUUCACCGAGGACUCCAAGUUGCAUGUAGAGGAGCUUGCUGAUGUAUACAGACUGGUGGAAGAUCAGAUAGAUAUACCUUCAGUUGCUCUGGAAGUUCUCCAAGAUUUACCAUCCGUCGCACGCGAUUUUAUGCUUUCAUGGAGUGACUCUGUUCUGUCUGAUCGCCAAAACUAACCCACCCAAACAGCUCGAAGAGCAAGCAGCAACCUGCUAGUUAGGAACAUCCAUCAACUUACGACGAGUUAAUCUGCAUAGAGAUAUAGAUAGAUAGACAAGAUUCUUCUUCUCCUAUUCUUUUGUGAUGCACUACUGUAUAGAAAGAUCACAGAUCUGCACAUGCCACUUGUAUAGAGGAACAGAGACUUGUAUAUAAUUUGUGCUUGUAAUAUUCUGGAAAAAAAAGACAGUAGGUGUACACAUGAGGUACAGAGAUAUAUCAAUGUGUUUGCUGAUUUUGAUUCUCUGUUGUAUA